AUGACAUCAGCUGCACCUGAAAAUAUACCAGUUCCUCCAAAGGAAGUUAAAGACAUUAUCGAAAAGUCUGUCCUGUAUAUCCAAAAGAACGGUAAAUCUUUUGAAGAAAGAUUAUUGAAGAACAAUAGGAACAGUCAAUUCAACUUUUUAAAACCAGAUGAUGAGUUCCACCAAUACUACGUAUGGGCUCUACAGUCAUACUCGAGCUCACUUGUAGAUGAUAUAAAGGAAACAAAGACAGAUAACACGAGUAUUGGUGAUAUCGCCAUACCGAAGCCAAGAGAUUUGGAGUUUUUGAUUGACAAUUUCCCUAGUAUAUGUGAACGAGACUUACAGAUCAUCAAGACAACGGCUUUGUACAUCUCUGUAAACGGGGAGGAAAAGAUUAAAGGGCUUUUUAAACAUGAAGAGGAUUUGGGACGUCAUGCACAAUUUGACUUUCUUAAGCCACAACACUCGUUGCAUACCUUAUUUCAAACGUACGUCUCCCAGUAUAAAUCUGUGAGGCAAGCGUUUUCAGACCAAUUCAACCCUGUAAGGAAAGAUUUGUCAAAUACUUUGGAUGAUGUGGGGAACACCAGUCUUGCAAUUUUGACAAAGGCAUAUGACAGGGCACAAUAUAGAAAGCAGAACAAAGUACAAAGAAAAAGACAGGAUGAACAACUACUACAAAAAAGGAUUCAUUUUGCGCUGAUUGAAUGGCAAGACUUUACGAUUGUUGAGUUGGUGAAAUUUGAUGAAAUCGACAUGGUUAAAGAAUUGAGUACUCCGUUGAAUAGGGAUGAUCUAUUAAAACGAUCUCUUACGGCAAAAAGUCAAGAUAUAAAACUACCUAAAUCAAAACCAGUUGUCCAAGUAAUAGAAGAUAAAACCUCAGAUGUUGCAAAUUCUCCAACUCCCGAUGCUGUAGAGCCGCCCGAAAGUGACAAUAUUAGUCCUGCACCUUUCAAGGGAAUGAAGAUUAGGGCAGCUGGAACAACAAGAUUGAAACAGAGGUCAACUGGAAAUGCAUCGAAAAAGUCGAGUUCACAAUCGAGCUCCAUGGAGAAGAUAAAAUGCCCAGUUACAGGUAAAUUGAUCCCAGCUGCCGAGUUUGAUGAUCAUUUGAGAAAUAUUUUGCGAGAUCCAUCUUACAAGCAACAGCAAGAAAACUAUUUGCGCAAAAACUUCAGCUACGAAUCCAAUAUAACAACGGACCAGGCUUUUGAUAAUAUUAAGAGGUUAAUGAGGAAGAGGCAUACAGAAGAACAUGAUGGUCGAUAA